AUGGAUUUUCACAAAAAUCUGGUUGUGAAGACUGAAGUAGAAACAACACCUUCAUAUCCAGAUAUAUGUUUUGCAGUUGAUGAUUUUGAUUCCACUUUUGAUUCAGUGGUCUUGACUGAUCCAGAUCACUGUUAUUGUGUGUUGCUAAAUGCUCAUGACGGGGCAGCAUUUCCAAAUGAAAGAAAAACAGAGCAAGCUAAUUCAGAGGUUUCUUCACCUGAGAACACAACUAACCUUUUUUCUCCAAAGAUCACCCUUUUCUCAGGUUUUGUCAGCUACCAAAUUGUAUAUGAUGCUGGCAGGUUCGGGUUUGGGAGCCUUCUGUCUCUUGGUCAUUCCUCUGCCAGAACUGACAGGACAUUCAUGAAAGGUCCAGGAGGGCGUGGUGAAGUCGAAGUAGCCGUCUCUGGAAUCCUAGCAAAGCAGGCUUAUGCUGCAGCCUCGUCCUCUCCCAACUUGGAUGGCGAGAUGUUGCCCCUCAAGUGCUGUUUAAUGUCCAUCUCAUUGCCAUGGGAGUCCGGCUGUCAACUUGUAGCUGUUGUAGCGAGUUUUCAAGCUUCCACUUCUCGUGGAAAAAAGGCUGUUGUAGUGGAAGAGAAAAUGUGGAGGCUCGGUGUAAAUUACAUGUAUCUUGGUUUAUUGCAAUGA